AACGCGGGCGCGCGACCUUGUCCAGCUGUUUUUGCAACCAAGAUGACGAGCAACACCAGGUACAAGAGCCGAGCACUCAGAUCAGAGGAUGGAAGAGAGGAGAAGGAGUAUGUGGGGUUUGCCACCCUCCCCAACCAGGUCCACAGGAAGUCAGUCAAGAAGGGGUUUGACUUCACCCUCAUGGUGGCAGGAGAGUCUGGUCUGGGUAAAUCUACUCUGGUCAACAGCCUUUUCCUCACAGACCUGCACAAGGACAGGAAACUCCUCAGUGCCGAGGAGCGUAUCAGUCAGACAGUGGAGAUCACUAAGCACACGGUGGACAUAGAGGAAAAAGGAGUUAAACUGAAACUGACCAUCGUAGACACACCAGGGUUUGGAGACGCAGUCAACAACACUGAGUGUUGGAGGCCAAUCACAGAUUACAUUGACCAGCAGUUUGAGCAGUAUUUCAGAGAUGAGAGUGGACUGAACAGGAAGAAUAUCCAGGACAACAGAGUCCACUGCUGCCUCUACUUCAUACCCCCCUUUGGACACGGGCUUCGUCCAGUAGAUAUAGAGUUUAUGAAGGCUCUGCAGGACAAGGUCAACGUGGUUCCUCUCAUCUCUAAAUCUGACUGCCUUACUCCCAACGAGAUCAGGAAACUUAAAGACCGGGUCCGUGAGGAGAUAGAUAAGUUUGGGAUAAAGGUGUACCAGUUCCCAGACUGCGACUCUGAUGAGGAUGAGGAGGCCAAACAGAAGGACAGAGAACUCAAGGAGAGCACUCCGUUUGCUGUGAUCGGCAGUAACAUGGUGGUGGAGACCAGAGGUCAGAAAGUCAGAGGGAGACUCUACCCCUGGGGCAUCGUAGAGGUGGAGAACCAGUCUCACUGUGACUUUGUGAAGCUGAGGACCAUGCUGAUCAGGACCCACAUGCAUGACCUGAAGGACAUCACCUGUGACUGUCACUAUGAGAACUACAGGGCUCAUUGUAUACACACCAUGACCAGUAAAAUGAAUACAGAUAAUCGUGUGGAGAGCCCGAUUCCCAUCCUACCCUUGUCCACCCCAGACGUGGAGACAGAGAAACUCAUCAAGAUGAAGGACGAGGAGUUGAGGAGGAUGCAGGAGAUGCUUCAGAAGAUGCAGCAGCAGAUGCAACAUGAGCAAGACCUGUGAGCCCUGACCCCUAACCUCUCACUCCUGACCUCUCACCUCUCUCUUCUCACCUAAUGAUAUGUGGAACGACUAACACAGGGUCAAUCACGUGCUGUCCAAUCACACUGCAACCUCACUCCAACUGAAACAGUACAAUUCUAUCUGGAUGUUCUGAAAUAUUACACUCUCUUCUCAAUAAUGUGCAUCCCUAACAGAGACACUGGACACAGGGUAAAACCAACACCAAACACUCUGGAUGGGCCACACACCCUACACUGGAGAAACACUUUUAAACAGGGACAAACAUUUUGUCAACGAUUUGUUGGUGUUGUGAAACCCCCCCAAAAAACGAUGCUUUGUUGGAUGCAGUCAUAAGCCAAGACUAUAGCCAAGCGUUAUAGCAUUAUAGUAGAUUUGCACCUUAGAUAGCAGUUGGUGUCCAAGCUUGUUUUUGUAUUCAAGGGAAGUAGUUUGGUACUGAAUUAGACUGUUUAUGAUUAUUGUUGAAUAUGUAUUUUGCACUCUACUGGCUCACACAGUUAAAAUGUGGGUCAGAUUAAUUUAUUCUGUUUAUAACAUUAUUCAUGUUGAGCUGUGGGUUAUUUAUUCACAUUUAAAUGUGUGUAUAUGAGAGAGAAAGAGAGAGAAAGUGAAGAGUGAUUACAGUAUGUGUGUGUGUGUGUGUGUGUGUGUGUGUGUGUGUGUGUGUGUGUGUGUGUGUGUGUGUGUGUGUGUGUGUGUGUGUGUGUGUGUGUGUGUGUGUGUGUGUGUGUGUGUGUGUGCGUGUGUGUGUGUAUAUUUUUGUGUGUGUGAGAGAAGGAGAGAGUGUCUCUAAGUCAGCAUUGACAUAGAGACAGGCCACAGUGUCAUUUCCUGUCCAACAGAAGUUAUGAGACAAACCAAAGUUUUGAGAGAUUCUCAAUCCUUCUUGUCCCUUUGCUCCGUUGACAGAAUAGCUUCUGUCCCUGAGGGUUCUCUUAUGGAACAAGGGCAACGUGUUGCAGCACAAUCAAUGUUCUGAGAGUCUACUGAAGAUUCUAGGAGAUAAACACAUUAGAUCAAAUUUCACUUGUGUGUGUGUGUGUGUGUGUGGUGUGUGUGUGUGUGUGGUAUGUGUGUGUGUGUCUGUGUGUGUGUGUGUGUGUGGAGAUGUGUAUGUGUGCACCUGUGUGUUAAUGUGGUGUUGAUUAGCCUGUAUGAUGGUCCAUCCCGUUGUAGUACGUAACAUAGAUUAAUAGAUAUCUCUCAGCAUGGUCAAGGUUGUGUCCACACAGACACGGUGAUGUCUCACACUGGUGCAUAUCACUCAAUAAAAGCCCACUGUUGUACCUUU